AUGACGUCGAGGUUGAAAGAUUACUUAUCAAUUUUCAAAACUCAAGAGUCCUCGUCUAGUGACUGGAACCCAGAAGUCGAUGUCAAACCCUACGAACCUUGGCUAUACCAUUCCAAGAACAUGACUAAUACUUGGCACCGUUGGAGGUACAAGGCGAACGUUUCUUUACGCAGGGAUCUCACUUACAGAGCUUUGUUAAAAAGCAUUGAUAGGUUCAACUGGUCCAACAAUUUGCAGCAGAUUGUGCGCGGUGAAAUCCAUGGACCCUGCCUCAAGCUCAUAAAGACUGAGGGGCACAACUUCAUCGAGCUGAUCUCAGGAUCUGAGAAAUAUCAUACCAGAACUCGUGCGUUUCAAAAUUUCAUUCUUCGAUACAGAGUCCGCAUCUACAAUACCGAGGGCAAGGAAAGCCUCAGUGGCCGUAGUCCUCAUAUUUCAGUGGAAUUCAGCUCAAAGUCUUGCAUUUCGCGGCAAAACCAUACUCAUAUCGUGUUUGACAUCACCUCUAGAAGAGGCUAUCCGUUUGGGAAGGCUUCACAAACAAGGGGUCAAACAUCUUGCGUCCUGAUGUGGAUCGCACCGGAACUGACUUGA